CGUAUUGUUAGAUCUAUCAGAUCCAUCGCGAGCAAGCCCUGCUCGUCUCUCAUCCCUCAUUUUCUCGCCCAACUGCUGGCCUCUUCCCUCUCUCCCUCCCUCUCCCUCCCUACCCCACCCUUUCUUCCCCUGAGAAAGGCCAUUGCAGCGGCCCAUCUUGUCUCCUGCUCGCUGUUGACGUCCUGUGUGCAGUCGUUUGGGCCCCUCGGCCAAUUUUCUUCUCGCGGCGCCGUUCCUCUCUCCCCCUUUCGCUGGUCUGCUUCAAUUGUCACCACUUCACACUAUUUGCCUCGAUUGAGCUCGAUUGAGUCCUCACUUGCACAUAGACUCACGGCACCAUGCCUUCGUCGUCUAGCUCCUCUUCACAGGCCGUCUACCUGCUGCCCCUGACGGACGCCGGUGCGCCAGAUGUUCCAGGAACAUACAUCUACCUACCUCCUCCAUCGGAUCCGGCCUAUGUUGUCCGCUUCCAGAUCGAGGGCACCAGUUCAAUAUGUCGUUACGGCAGCCUUUGGGUGAAUAUUCCCGCCAAGGGCGACAGGUUUCAGCGGGACCACUACAGAGAGUUCAAACUGAAACCUGACUUCAAUGGGCACAUUCAGAUAGACAUUGCCAUACAUGAAGCCAACGCCUACUCCUUCUACACGACAUAUUCCCCGCUCCCUCAAUGGUCCUGCACAAAUGUGUCCCCUCCCUCGCCCACACGCACCCCAACGUACUACAUCGACGUGUGUCCAAGACUUACUCUGCAAGGGGAGCAGAUACCUGUGUCCUCGAUAGCACUCUUGUCAAUCCUCUCCAAGUUCAUGGGGAAGUUUCCAACCGACUGGGACAACCAUCUACGUGGUAUCAGCGAGAGGGGCUACAACAUGGUCCAUUUCACACCACUCAUGGUACGCGGCGAAUCCAACUCUCCCUACAGCAUAUACGAUCAACACCAUUUCGAUCAAGGUGCAUUUCCUAAUGGGGAGGAAGAUGUUGCGUCAAUGGUAAAGAGAAUGGAACACGAAUUCAGCCUGCUUUCUAUGACGGACGUUGUAUGGAACCAUACAGCAAACAACAGCAAGUGGCUCGAAGAGCACCCAGAGGCAGGAUACAAUGUGGUUACUGCCCCAUGGCUGAGACCUGCUCUCGAGUUGGACACGGCGCUUCUCCAAUAUAGCAAAGACCUGAAAGCACUUGGUCUGCCCACGAAGCUCAAUACCCUGGAGGAUCUACUCAAGGUCAUGGAAGGUGUCAAAUCACGCGUGCUUUCAGGCACAAAACUGUGGGAGUACUAUGUGCUCGAUGUAGAAAGAGACUCGAAGGCCAUUGUGAAAGCGUGGACAGAAGGUCUGGCCACCUUUCCGGAAGGCGGCUUCAGCGAGACGGGCCCAGGGGCUAUCGGGGCCGUCAAAGAUUGGUCCCUGAAACAGAAGGCGGACUGGUUGGUGGAUCACGCCCUUCGGGGCGGUGACCGGAUGGGCGAACGAUUCCGUCGACACAUGGAUCCUGCUGUUGGAGCUGGUCUUCUGUGUGCUCUUUUUGGACGAUACGACAAUAGCACGAAUAGUACUCCUGAUGAGGGUGCAGCAUAUGGCGCAAUCCUUCGCAUACUUGAAGAGGUCAAUUUGGUAUACUAUGGCGAGUACGAUGACGAUGCGCAGGAGAUAUUGGAGCAGCUUUUCAACCGCAUCAAGUACGUUCGUUUGGAUGCCCAUGGCCCUAAGCUAGGGGAGAUCACCGACGCCAGCCCCCUAAUCGAGACGUACUUCACACGCCUCCCCCUCAACGAAACAACCAAAAUGCAUAACCGAGACGCCCUUGCGCUUGUCAACAAUGGAUGGGUAUGGGCGGCAGACGCCAUGCGAGAUAACGCCGGGUCGAGUUCCCGCGCCUAUCUUAGAAGAGAGGUCAUUGUCUGGGGUGACUGCGUAAAGCUCCGCUAUGGGGAUGGGCCUCAGGAUAACCCUUUCUUGUGGGAUCACAUGGCCAAGUACACGCGGUUGAUGGCCAAAUACUUCCACGGCUUCCGAAUAGACAAUUGUCACUCGACGCCGAUACACCUUGCCGAGUACAUGCUUGAUCAGGCUAGAACGGUCAAUCCGAACAUCUUUGUGGUCGCCGAACUGUUUACUGGCUCCGAAGAGAUGGACUUCAAGUUUGUCGAGAGGUUGGGUAUCAGCGCACUCAUCAGGGAGGCAAUGCAGGCUUGGAACACGCAGGAACUAAGCAGGCUGGUACACCGUCACGGUGGCGUGCCAAUUGGGAGUUUCGAUACAGACGAGGUGCUGAACGCAGACUUAACCGAUGGCGAAAACACGGCGAGGCGUGAAGUUAUUCGCAAAAUCAAGCGAAGUCCUGUCCAUGCCCUCUUCAUGGAUUGCACACAUGACAACGAGACGCCGGCGCAGAAGCGUGACGCGCGGGACACUUUACCGACGGCUGCUUUGGUGGCCAUGUGUGCCUGCGCGACCGGCAGUGUCAUGGGCUACGACGAGGUCUACCCUGAACUUAUUGAGCUCGUCCAUGAGAAGCGGUUGUACUCUUCCAUCAACUCCACUGGCAGUGCCAUAAAGCCCGGAGCUGGCGAAGGUGGCAUUGGAGGGAUCAAGAAGGUCCUGAAUCGGAUCCACGUCGAGAUGGGCAAGCAAGAGUAUACCGAGACAUAUAUUCACCACGAGAAUGAGUACAUCACGGUACAUCGAGUCAAUCCCCGCACCAGGAAAGGUUAUUAUUUGAUCGCACAUACGGCCUUUCCAGGAUACAGCAAUGGGAAGGGAGUUUUCUCAUCGCCUCGCAUUCCAGGAACGCAAGUUAAGCCCAUUGGCAGCUGGAGUUUAGAGGUCGACGACAGCCCUGAGACACGGGCUGCCAUCAUCGGCGACAAUGAAUUGCUUCGUGGUUUACCUGCUUCUACUAGGGGAUUGCAAGGUAUAACUAUAGACAUAUCAGAGGAUUGCACUACGAUCAAUAUUCCUGACCACUUCCCGCCUGGAAGCAUCGCGCUGUUUGAAACCUCGGUACCAAGUGCUGAGCAUGGGGAGGGCCUGGACAAGUUUGCUACUUCUGAUGCUCGAGCUGCAUUCAAAGAAACCACUUUGGCUGAUCUUAAUAUCAUUCUAUACAGAUGCGAAGCGGAGGAGCGGGACUUCUUCGACCAUAAGGACGGCGUAUACGACAUUCCUGGACAUGGGCCCCUCGUAUAUGCGGGACUUCAGGGCUGGUGGAGCGUGCUGCGCGACAUAGUGAACGAGAACAACCUUGGACAUCCACUGUGUGACCAUCUCAGAAAAGGACAGUGGGCGCUUGAUUACUGUGUGGGUCGUUUACAAAGAGCGUCGGUGAAGGAACGCCAUGCCGGUAUCAAGGGUGUUGCGGCUUGGCUGAAGCAGCGAUUCGACGUCAUUCGCAAAGUGCCCAGCUUUCUCUUGCCACGGUACUUUGCCAUGGUCAUUCAAACGGCGUACAAUGCGGCCGUGGACCGUAAUAUGGACCUGCUUGCCGACAAUGUGCGCAACGGUCAGGCAUUCCUUCGUAGCCUGGCUCUUGUCAGCACUCAGGUCACAGGUUAUAUGAACAAUGCUUCCCUCUGGGCAAACAAGAGCGUUCCGAGUAUGGCUGCUGGUCUUCCCCACUUUGCCUCUGAUUGGGCACGAUGUUGGGGCCGCGACAUUUGUAUCUCCGCUAGGGGUCUGUACAUGGGCACUGGACGGUAUGCUGAUGCCAAGGAGCAUAUACUGGCCUUCGGCAGUGUCCUCAAACAUGGCAUGAUACCCAAUCUUUUGAGCAGCGGAAAGCUUCCCCGCUACAACUCAAGAGACUCUAUCUGGUGGUUCCUACAAAACAUCCAAGACUACACGAGGAUAGUGCCGGAUGGCUUACAACUUCUACAGGAGAAGACUGCUCGCCGUUUCCUGCCAUACGACGACACUUGGUUUCCCCACGACGACGAGCGUGCCUACUCAACAUACUCCACCAUCGAAGACGUCAUUCAGGAAGCCCUCCAGCGGCAUGCCUCGGGGCUUGAAUUCCGUGAGCAUAAUGCCGGUCCCAGUCUUGAUAGUCAGAUGAAAUCGGAGGGCUUUGACAUCAAGAUCUGGACUGACUGGGAUACUGGCAUCAUUUUCGGAGGCAACCAAUGGAACUGCGGUACCUGGAUGGACAAGAUGGGUGAAAGCGAGAAGGCGGGUAACAAAGGGGUUCCUGGAACGCCUAGGGAUGGUGCACCGGUUGAGAUCACUGGAAUGCUCUACAGCACCUUGAAGUGGGUAGCCCAACUGCACAGCGAAGGAGCGUACAAAUACGAUGGUGUCACCCUUGACGGCGGCAAAAAGAUCACAUUCGCAGACUGGGCGUCCAAGAUCAAAGCCAACUUCGAACGCGUCUACUACGUACCCUCACAACCAUCAGAAGACAGCAAGUACGACGUGAACACCGCCGUCAUCCACCGUCGCGGCAUCUACAAAGACGUCUACCGCUCCGGCAAAGAAUAUGAAGACUACCAACUCCGCCCGAACUUCCCCGUCGCCAUGACCGUCGCUCCAGACCUCUUCGAUGUCGAUCAUGCCCUCGGGGCUCUCCAAAUAGCAGACCGCGUUCUCCUCGGCCCGCAGGGCAUGAAGACCUUGGAUCCUUCAGACCUUAAUUACCGCCCUUAUUACAUCAACAGCGAAGACUCGGAUGACUUCCAUACAGCCAAGGGCAGAAAUUACCAUCAAGGACCCGAGUGGCUCUGGCCAACGGGUUUCUUCCUCCGCGCCUUGUUGAAAUUCGACCUCAAGCGCAGGAAGUCGGCUGAAGAAAGAGUCGAAAGCUAUCAGCAUGUUACAAGGAGGUUGGCCGGGUGCAUGAAGGCGAUCAAGGAGAGUCCUUGGGCGGGCCUGACGGAGCUGACGCAGAAGGACGGGGCAUUUUGUGCGGACUCGUGUCCCACCCAGGCCUGGAGUGCGAGUUGCAUUAUUGAUCUGUUUCAGGAUGCUAGGGAGUAUGAAGAGAGCUUGCGGAAAGGACAGGAUUAGAGGCCUUUAUCGGGAACGUAUCGGAAGUUUUGAGCUGGAGUUAUUUCCAAAGAGAUUUAUUGAGAUGAAGGGGUUGGUACAUAUCUUAUAUUUCUGCUGAGGGAUGUUGGAAAGGGAUGGGGCUAGGGCUAGAUGAUAAUGGUAUACGUAAAGCUAUUUCAUUUAAGAUUUAUUGAGAUGGUCUCGUUUCGCAGUCCUGGAUAGCCCUCGCCACCUUGCAUAAUUAGCUAUACUUCUUACUAUAUCAUGUGCGCCGGGAAUUUCCCAUUUUAAAUCCCCUCGA